AUGAAAUCACAAGUAGAUCUCUUACAUUGUUCGCUAUUGAUCAUGAAGAUCUUACUAGUUUUGCUACAAUUAUCUUAUUUAGUGAACUGUGCUAAUAUCUUAGUUCUUGAAUGUGUGCCUUCUCCAAGCCAUCAUGUUUGGAUGAAAACGUUGACUUACGCCCUGGCGUCAAAAGGGCACAAUAUCACAGCCAUUUCUGCGGAUAUUGAGGAAGACACUCCUGAAAAUCUUCACUAUCUACACUUGGAUAAAGUCUAUGAAGUUAUUUACGAUGGUUCUGGUGAUAUUAACUACGUUGAACUUGGGAAAGCUAACAGCGUAAUGCAAAGCUUAAUAUUUGUGACAGUAAGCAAGCGAUCACUUGAGGGAAUAGUGAUUUCUAAAGGAUAUAAGCAGCUUCUGGACUAUCCGGAUGAUUUCAAGUUUGACCUGAUCAUCUACGAUUUCGUACUUGGCCCACUUCUUCUUCCGUUCGCCACAAAGUUUCCCAGCACGCCUAUUAUAGGUGCAACUGCCUACUCUUCUUCUGGAUUCUCAAUACCAGUUCUUGGAGGAACUUUCACCCCAGCAUUUAUACCUUCCCUUUUCUACCCUUCCCAAUUAGAGACCUUCCAAGAUCGUAUGAAUAAUUUUGUCCUCACUUACUUUGACUACCUCAUUCGAAUCUACUACAUUGCUCCCAGAACUCACAAAGUCCUUGGUCAUGAUUUCCCUAACAUGAAGGAUGUUCGAGAAUUGGACAAAAGUGUAAAAUUUGUAUUGAUUAACAAAGAUCCAGUCCUUUCAAUUCAAGAGCAAUCACUGCCGAACGUUAUCUCCGUUGGAGGCAUGCAAAUUCAGAGAGCAAAUGCUCUUCCGAAGGACCUCCAAACUAUACUCGAUGAGGCAAAGAAAGGAGUAAUCUUGUUCUCAUUGGGCACCAACAUUAUGGGCAGCAUGGUGAAAAGCGAGCGUUUCACUGAAAUUUUGGAAGCAUUCAGAUCUCUUUCUGAGUAUACAAUAAUUUUUAAGAUGGACCCUGAGAAAAUUCCGGGACGUCUACCGAGUAACGUUGUGGUCAGAAGUUGGCUUCCUCAGAAUGACAUUUUAGCUCAUCCCAACUUGAAGCUGUUUAUCACUCAUUGCGGUCUUCUGAGCGUCCAAGAAGCUCUUUGGCAUGGCGUUCCAAUGCUGGGAAUUCCCAUAUUUGCGGAUGGAUUUGACAAUAUCAGACUUCUGGCUAAGCAAGGAAUUGCUGAGCAGCAGGACAUCAUGCAGAUUGAACGACAUUCUCUGCAGCAAGUAAUGAAGAAGAUCCUGGACGAUCCCAAAUAUUGGAACAAUGCUCAGGCUCUGUCUAGGAUUUUCAAGGACCAGAAGGAGACACCUCUGGAGAGAGCGAUUUGGUGGACAGAAUUCGUUCUUAGGAAUCCUAACUCAACUCACAUGAGAUCCCAAUCAUUGGAUCAGGGAGUUUUCAUAAGACAUUCUUGGGAUGUUCUCGCCUUCUUCUCAGCGCUAUUCCUUAUCUUCUUGUUCUGUAUCAGCAAACUUGUGUGUCUAAUCUUCAGAAGGAUUGCGAAGAAGAAAUCUGCGAAAAAGAAGAGGGAACAAUUUUGGACAAUCAUUCUACGUUCUGAUAACAAACUCCGGCACCUGAUAAAAAUAUACUAUUACACAAUUAUUAUUUGGCAUGAUAACGCCUCGUCGAGAGUUGUCCAGGGUCAUAAGAAUGCCAAAUCAUUUGAAAACCCGUCAGUCGGCGAGAUACUUCCGUCGUGUAAUCAUCGAAGUAUUGCCAAAAUGAAGUUUAUACUCAUUCUUUCUGUUCUGCCGUGUUUUAUAAGUGCUGCCAAUAUUCUUGUGCUGGAAACAGUGGCUUCGCCGAGUCACCAUAUUUGGAUAAGAACGUUAAUGCACGCUUUGGUUGAUAAAGGUCACAAUGUCACUUCACUAUCGGCUGAUAUUGAUACAAAUCCGCCAAAAAAUCUUCACUAUCUCCACUUAGACAAAGUGUACGAAACGAUCUAUGACGAUUCAAGUGAAGAUCACUCUCAAGACAUUGAUUUCCUUGAAAUGGGGAAGAUGAAUCCGUAUCUAGCCUAUCAUAUGUUCAUGAGCUACUGCACGCAAAGUCUACAAGGUAUCGUGAAGUCAACAGGAUAUCGACAACUUCUUAACUAUCCAGACAACUAUAAGUUCGACUUAAUCAUCAAUGACUUCGUGGUUGGACCAUUCCUCGUAAAAUUUGUGGACAAGUUUGGAAAUCCUCCUUUGAUAUCCGCCACUGCGUUCUACUCUUCUGGGUUUGCUAAUCACAUCUUUGGUGGUGUUCUAACGCCAUCCUUCGUGCCUUACCCCUUUAUGGAAGUCGAUUUGACAACAUUCUUAGGCAGAGCGAAUAAUUAUUUGUUAAUCUUUCUUGAUCAAUUUAUACGAAAGUAUUAUAUCGCCCCGAAAGUUAACAGUAUGAUGAAGGAAGACUUUCCCAAUGCACAGGAUGCUGCGAAAAUAGAAGAGAGAACUAAAAUAGUUCUUAUAAAUAAGCACCCAGCUUUGGAUAUAAUAGAACCACUAAUGCCAAAUGUGAUUUCCGUUGGAGGUCUUCAAAUUGCGAGGACUAAAGGACUUUCAAAGGAAUUUCAAGAAGUCAUGGACAAUGCCAAGAAUGGAGCGAUUCUCUUCUCUUUGGGAACCAACAUGAAGAGUGAAAUGUUGGGAAAUGCAAGACAAAUAGAGAUCCUGGAAGCAUUCAGAGCUCUUCCUCAAUACACAUUCAUCUGGAAAUUUGAAACUGAUUCUCUACCAGUGGAAGUUCCUUCUAAUGUCUUGAUCAAGAAAUUUGUGCCACAAAGCGACCUUCUGGCUCAUCCGAACAUGAAACUCUUCAUCAGCCAUUGCGGUCUUCUCAGCACACAGGAAUCGGUUUGGUUUGGAGUUCCCAUACUCGGACUUCCAGUCUUUGCAGACCAGUUCCACAACUUAAAGUUAAGCUUGAAAACAGGAGUGGCAUUGCAAGGAGAUGUGGUCAACAUUGAAAGACAUUCGUUCCGAAAAUUAAUUGAGCAUAUGAUAACUGAUCCAAAGUAUCGAGAGAACGCCCAAAUUCGCUCGAAUAUCUUUAGAGAUGAGAAAGAUUCACCGCUGGAAAGAGCAGUUUGGUGGGUAGAAUAUGUUCUCAGGCAUCCCAACAUGACACAUAUGAGAUCCCCGUCAUUAGACCUCAAUUUGUUCCAAAGACACUCCUGGGAUGUUCAAGCCUUCUUUCUUGUUAUCCUAUCGGCAGUUUUGAUCGUGACUUUGAAGAUAUCUUGUUGCAUUUAUAAAUGUUUCUUCAAGCAAAAAUCGCGAAAAUCUAAGAAGGAUUGAGAUGUGUUUUCUGAGUAUAACAGUUAUAUUGAUAUAAAUAAAUAGUAAAU